AUGCCUGGUACUUUUUAUGUGUCUGAUCAGUUUAUUACACUGAUAAGAGUUACCAAAAAAAAAGAAGCUCCAUAUUUGGUCCGCGAGUUAACGCAUAAGGAUUUUAUAGACGUUAAACAACUAACUGCAGAUAUUGAUUCUAAUUUUACUACCAACAGUAAUGGAGAGUCUGUUCUAUUACGCAAAAUUAAAAUGAUAAAAGUGGAAAAACACAAACCAUUUUUGUAUUUUUAUAAAACAUCCACUCAGAUGAUGGAGGCAAUAACUGGAAAACCGUUAACGAUAAACAAAUCAAACGUAAGAGCCAAUACUAAACAAUGCUCAUAA